AUGGUCAAGUCAUCUGUGUCAUUCGCGGCGUCGGCGGCUCUCCUCAUGGUGGCUGCAAACGCCGCUUACCGGCCCAACGGCAAAUGGCCAACCAGCACGGGAAAGGUCAAGUACACGGAGCCGUACAUCAUCAAGGCCGGCGAAGUCUUUGACGGCAAGAUGCAGACGUUUGAUCGCUCCGAUAUCUCGUGCACGGGUGGUGAGGGUCAGAAGGACUCGGCCGUGUUUCUCGUCGAGGCCGGUGGCACCCUCAAAAACGCCAUCAUCGGCAAGCACCAGAAGGAGGGUGUGCACUGCAGCAAGAGCGACUGCACUAUUGAGAAUGUAUGGUGGGACGACGUGUGCGAGGACGCGUUAAGCAUCAAGGGUGGCUCGCCGUCCAGCGUGUCCACCAUCACCAACUGCGGCGCGCGUUACGCCGAGGACAAGGUGGUGCAGCACAACGGCUACGGCACCGUCAAGAUCAAAGGCUUUUUUGCACAGGAGUUUGGCCAGCUAUACCGCUCCUGUGGCACGUGCGGUGACAUUCCUCGCACGGUGACGGUGGAAGACGUGUACGCUGUUGAUCCCAAAGUUAUUGUGACGGUGAACAAGAACUACGGCGACCAGGCCACUUUGAAAAACAUCCAUGUCAAGACAACCAAUGGUAAGGACGACGUGAAGGUGUGUCGGUGGUCACAAGGAAGCAAAAAUCCAGCAAUUUUGGGCAAUGGCCCGUCGGGUACGCUGUGCGACUACUCGGAGAGCGACAUUCACAUCAACAACAAAAGUCCUCAGACGGAACAGAGUAUCCCAUCGACUAGCGGUCCGUAUUCGGAAGUGGCCCAAUCUGACAAAAUGAGUGAUGCGCGGUCGGUUAGCACGUCGUCUUCACCACAAGACCCUCCUAACUCAUCUACAAAUUCUUCGGAGACAAUAACUUCAGGAACGGGUUCGACCACGGAAUACAGCGACUCCGAGCAAUCGGCUUCGAGCACUGAUAAUAGUUAUGUGAAGCCGCAGAACAUCACUGACGAAGCGACGGACAAAGCUGAUGUUUUGAUGGACGAUGGUGACGAGCCGGCAGACGGUUUGGAGGCGACGGGUUCAAAAAAUGGGAGUGUCACGAAAGACUACGCUGACGAAUCAGUAGACACUUCGGAGGCAACGGGUUCAGAUACGGGUUCGACAAAGGAAACUAGCAACUCAGAGAAAUUGGGUCUAGACAAUGAUUAUAGCCCAACGAAGCCGCAGAACGUCACCGAAGAAGUGGGGAUAACGCCGAAAGACAGAUGGACGACGACGAGGCCCAGUCGGACUGCCUAUGAACCAGCGAACGUUUUGGACGCGACGACCACAGAAACGGACUCGACCGCAGAAACCAGCGACUCCGAGCAAUUGGAUUUAGGCAAUGAUUAUAGCCCAACGAAGUCGCAGAACGUCACCAAAGAAAAGAGGGAUAACGCCAAGGCUCCGAUGGACAAUGUUGACGAACCGGACCUCGCCGACGAAGCCAUGGACGACGCCAAGGUCCCGAAGGACGACGAACCGGCGGACUACGCCGAAGUUCCCACAGGCUAUGAUGACGAAUCCGCGGACUAA